UCCCAGAGGAGUGGCAUGGCCAACGCGGGCAUGAGUCCUCCGAGGCCGCGGGCGUCGCUCUCGCCGCUGACGCUGCUGUUGCUGCUGGGAGGCUGCCUCCUUUCGGCCGCCGGGAGGGACAAGGGGGCAGCAGGCAGGGAAGUGGCCCGGGCCUCCGGCCCCACGGACGGCUCCUCAGGUCGCUUCGUGAGUCCAGAGCAGCACGCGUGUAGCUGGCAGCUCCUGGUGCCCGCCCCGGGGACGCCGACUGGCGGAGAGCUGGCCUUGCGCUGCCAGACCCCGGGAGGGGCGAGCCUGCACUGCGCCUACCGCGGGCAUCCGGAGCGCUGCGCGGCCACCGGCGCCCGGCGAGCGCACUACUGGAGACGGCUGCUGGGCGUGCUGCGCAGGAGACCACGGCCCUGCCUGGACCCCGCGCCGCUGCCGCCACGCCUGUGCGCCCGCAAGACGGCUGGCGCAGAGCUGCACUCGCCGGCCCACCCCAGCUUACCCGUGCAUCCCAGCGAGCAGCCCCGGUCCAGGGCGCGGAGCCGGGCUCGGUCGCGACAGUCGAUUCGGUCCCCGAGCUCCCAGCUCGAAAAGAAGCCCUUGCUAGUGAAGUCCAACUCGGGCGGGAGGAAAGCGGGCUCAGACCCGGUCCCGGAGCCUCCUGCGGCGGCCGGAUUCCAGCCCAAUGGGCUAGAUCAGAAUGCCGAGCUCACUGAGACCUACUGCACCGAGAAGUGGCACUCCCUUUGCAACUUCUUUGUCAAUUUCUGGAAUGGCUGAGGCUGCAGGCUGGCAGGGGCACUAGGGGCAGGUGCUGCGAAGCAGAGGGCAGCGCAGCCGGGGAGGAAGGCGUCUUAGACGGGGAACCGGGAUGGAGAAUAAGUUAGUCGGCUAGUCGGGAUUCCAAAAUGGGGCAAGGGUCAGAGUGAGUCAGGGUGAGAAGAAUCUGAAACAGCAGGAGACGGUUUUGUUUGUUUUGCAUCUCAGUUCUGAUUUAAGAGCAGAAGAAAUAGUGGAAAUAAAUAGAUUUAUAUUAAGUAUGGGAAAAUUGUAGAUUUGGGAGAGAAGCUGAGAAUAAAGUGACUGAAGAGGUGCGACUCUUUCCUAGGAAGUGGGAUACAAUGUAUAUCAACACAUUUUCAUUAAAUGUAAGGACCUGAACCAUGUUGAAUAAUUCAAAAUCUUCUUGGGUUUUCAGCUCGAGAAAAUGAAUACCCAUCCCCCUCCUUUCUUGAUUGUUAUUAACUCUGGGUGUGACUGGCAUCACACUUUCUAUGUAGAUUAAA